AUGAGGAAAUCUUCAUAUAUGAAAGGGAGUGUUGGGUGGAGUGCUUGGGGGGGUUGGGUCUGGUCGAAAACGUACAACCGAUAUUAUCGUCAGCGCCAGGACAGCCUAGGUAACAUCGAGACCGAGUGGGGCCCUGUCUACGACGAAUCGAGCGAUGAUGGUGAUGAUGUUCCACGGCAACAAAACGAGGAUGAGGUCAAUGAUGUCGCUGAACAGUUAGGGAAUGCUGGUUUAGAGUCAGGCGAGGAAGAUGCCGAAUCAGAUGAUGACCAGGAUCCGGAGUAUAACAUCUCUUCUUCAAGCCAUGCCCAGAGUUCAAGGACGGAAAAGACCAAGAGAGAGAAGCGAGAGAAAGAGAAGGUGAGAUCUAAAGGGAAGAGCAGAGAGGAUGAAAGAGAAAACCCAAAAGAUAAGCAUCGUAAGACCAAGGGCAAAGGUACGGACAAGAGGAGCAGUAAAACCAAGGCCAAAUCUCCGAAAGAAGGAGAACCAGAGAAGGACAGGAAAGGAAAGCGACGGCAGCACCGCGACGGAUCAGAUGAUGAGCCUGACGAAGACGACGCGGGAUAUGGCGACUACCCAGACUAUGGGCAGAGGUCGACGGAAGGAUAUCCCGCAUUCGACCACACAGAGGGCGGCUCCUUUCCACAACAACAAGACGACCAUGAUGACGGGAACGAUGAUGGGAACGAUGACGAGGAUGUGGGAGCCGACUUUCCCGAGGAAGAGAUACGGAGAGCAAUGAACGCUAGUCGGCAGCCAGGAAGAGCAGGGGGGCCCUCUACUGGAGAAUAUCCACCUUCCGAAAGUAUCAAAACGGAUCAUGAUCAUAUUGCAGGCGGUUCUGAGCUUGAGACCGUAGAUCCUCGUUACAAAGUCGAGCCGUCCCACAAAUUCCAGCCUGGGGAGGUUUUCAAAGUCUUUUGGCCAGAGCCCACCGGGGAAUCAGGUCAUAAAGCGCCUUCGGUUUCUGAGAAGAGAGAAGUAUCGGAUUUCUAUCGCGGCAGAGUCUACGCUGGUUACAGACGAUUCGUCGUGAUAGGCAAUGACUUCGGCCAUUGCACUUGCGUCCCUAUCUUUACAUAUGGAGGCCAAGCGUGCAGGAAGCGAGGAGUCAAGCCCGAAAAACACGGAAUUGCCCUCCAACUUGGCCACAAGCCAAGACUUGUACCUGGUGAGCCUAGGCCCGGCAUGCCGACUGUCAAAGUCAAAAUGCUCGCCGAAGGCGAAGGGCUUGCCUGGCAAUCGCGUAUAAACUACUCGAAGCUGAUCACCGUUGAGCAUAACGUCAAGGUGUUCUUCAUCGGUAGAAUAGUCGACGAAGACUACGAUUACGUUUACGAUUCCGUCAAUAGGUGUUGGGAACAAAAAUCCUUCCGCAGAAAGAGGCACUAG